ACAAACUCCUGCUUCUUGGCCUUGGCAAUGAGACUUCGCCCUGGCUCUGAACACCCAAGGCAUCUGCAGAUGCGCGACCAUCUCUUCAGUGCCUAGCACAAUACAGCGAGCAACACUCUACAGCGGUGAUACGAUACCACAACUCGCCCAGCGUGCAGAACAUUGCUUACCAACCCCCACAACGCGGCGAGUAUAAAAGACGUUCAACAGUAGUAUGGUCGAAUGAGCAGUUUCCACAACACCUCACGUUCGAUCUGUUUGGCUCUAUCUUGCGAUGAGUUUCCCCGCCUCUGUAUCUGCGCCGCAAGGUGCCAUCUCGGACGCACGACGGCUUGUCCUGUUCGCUGUCUUCUGCCUCGCGAUGUUCCUCGACACGUUCAACUUGAACGCACUUUUUGCCGCGAUUCCUGCGCUGCAGGAGCACUUUGCGCUUACAGCGAGCGAGGCAAGCUGGGUUAUCAGCGCGUGUCAGCUCACGUAUGCCUCGUUCCUGCUUGUUGCGCGAGCACUCGGCAUAUUUGGCGGCGUCGGUGGCAUCGGGAACGUUCUCGGAGCAAUCAUCAGUGGGUUGUUCGUGCAGUACGCAAGCUAUCGCUGGGUAUUCUGGUUCGUGGCGAUCGUUGCGCUGCCUUCGGCCAUCGUCUGUUUGGUGUUUAUACCCGACCGCCACGAUGGACCCGGCCAGUCUCUCUCGCAGCGCGAGAAGCUACGGAACCUCGACUUGGUUGGUGCACUCAUCUUGUUUAUUUUUGCUGUCACCAGCGGGCCCUCGGACGGCUGGGGCACUGGGCAGGUCAUCACACCACUAGUGAUAUCUGUCCUCAUGGUCAUCCUGUUCUUCCUUUGGAAAGCACACAUCCCGUUCGAGCGCGCCGCAGUACCGCCACGUACAUGGUUCCUCCCCAACUUCGCCGUUCUCUUCGGCGUCUCGCUCGUCCCUUACAUGUGGUGGAACACCGCGAUGUCUAUCUUCUACCCGCUCUGGCAAGACGUUUUCGGCUGGUCCGUCAUCAAGUCUGCCGUGCACAUGGUUCCCAUCGGAAUCGCCGCGCUCUGCGUGUGCUUCACGGGCCCGCUCGCCCGCUGGGUCUCGCCGAAGUGGCUCAUCACGUUCGGCAACGUGCUCCUGAUCGCAGGCACGGUGCUCUUCUGUUUCGCAGACUCGGACGCACCCGGCGUGUACUGGCGGUACGCCUUCCCCGGGCUUGCGCUCGGCUCGGCAGGCGCGAUGUUCGUAUACACCCACUCCAACAUCGCGAUCUUUGCGUGCUCGCCGGGCGCGAUGGCGGGUAUCGUUGGCGCGAUAUUCAACUGCGGCUGCGAGCUCGGCGCGUCGGUCGGGCUCGCGGUCGACACGGCGCUCGAGGCGGGCGUCGAGCUGCGGCACGGCGGAUUCCGCGCGUUUGAGGGCCGUCGGGCGACGUUUUACUGGCAGAUUGCCGUUGUCGCGCUGGAGGCGGUUGCCGUGCUAGUGUUUUAUCGGACCGGUGCUCCGCGGAACAACGAUGUUGCUCAGGCGGGGAAGGAUGUUUCGGGCUGUGGUACCAUGGUGGAGAUGGAUGCUGGAGAUAAAGGCCUUAAUGGAGCUGAUGAGAAAGGGGUUUGAAAAAUGGUCUCCUAGGGUCCGACAUGCCGUUGGGGCGAAUGUACGCGCAUGUAGUAAGUUAUAGGAUAAUGCUCUGCUUUCCCACUGAUACCCGUCAAAAGGCUGACUACAGCCUACGCCUUCUCACUACUGCUAAUCCCCGCGUUGAUUGUUUGAACGUCAUCCACGGGGAAUCCGUCCUGAAGUCAUUCUUUCCGGUGCCGAAGCAAUGCGCAGAGCAUGCGUUUAUGGAGAAAACUGCGCGGGCUGUUUAAGGCGCCGUCGGGCAGGCGCAUCAGAUCCGGAGCGGGAGAAGGCGUCCUCGUGACCAGGAUCAGGAUCUGUGCUCUGCGCGUGGGCAAAUGCCUCGUUGUCGGGCACCCAAUGUUUUAAUUGCAGCCCUGAUGUUGACGCUCAUUCAAUUUCAACGGGUAGUUUUGUGUUGAACGUAU